AUGACGUCCAUCAAGAAUAUGGUUCUUGGAGCUGUCCUCCUCUGGGCACAGCUGAUUGCCGCCUUUCCCACUCCCAUCGGCGGCGACGGCGGCCUCUUGAGCCUCCUCGGCCUUGGCUCCAGCCGGAACGGCGACAAGAAUGCUUCGCCCACUCCAGCAAAGAGCAAUGUCAAAGCUAAAUCAAGGAUCGUCCCCAACAGCUAUAUCGUUGUCUACAAGAAUACCACCAGCGCCGCGGAUGUCAAGGCCAUGACGGCCUCCGUCUCUUCCCAACUCAAGAAGCGCAACCUGAACAAACGUGGAUCCGAAGGCCAGCUACUUUCGACCGACGUCCGGUCCUUCCAGAUAAACAACUGGCAUGCCAUGAAUUUCGAAGCCGAGGAAUCCAUGGCGUUGGAGGUUGGCAAGUAUGACGGGGUGGAUUAUGUCGAGAAAAACACGUGGUUUUCGACACUGGGGCUUGUUAAACAAGAGAAUGCCCCUGCUGGAUUGCAGCGAUUGUCAGAAGCGGCUCCCGUAGGCGAGCAACCAAACAAAGUUGACUCUGGCUGUCGAACCACCCACCGGGAUUUUGAAGGGCGUGCUACUACGAUUGCCAACUUUGUUAAAGGCGAGAGAGCAACCGACGCCAACGGCCACGGCACCCACGUCGCCUGCACUAUUGCUGGCGCGAAGUUUGGUGUUGCUAAAUUGGCCACGGUCAAGUGCGUCAAGGUCAUGAAUGCCGAGGGCCAAGGAACAAAUGCGGACAUUAUCGCAGGCUUGCAGAGUGUUGUUGAAGACGUGAAGAAGACCAAACCCCAGGCGGCAACUAUGAACAUGUCCUUGGGUGGAGGCCGGUCACAGGCCUUGGACACGGCCAUAAACAAUGUCUUCAAAGCCGGUGUUCUUCCUGUGCAAAACGCAAAAAACGUAUCGCCAGCCGCUGCCCCCAACGCCAUCACCGUUGGCGCCGUAGAUGCCAACACGGAUCAAAAGGCUGGCUUCUCAAACUUUGGCCCGAGUGUCGAUAUCAAUGCCCCUGGUGUGGAUGUUCAGUCUUGUGGCAUCAGGUCUGACAGUGAUGUGUCGACUAAGAGCGGGACCAGCAUGGCCUCUCCCCAUGUUGCCGGCCUUGCCAACUAUUUGAUGCGGUUGGAGAAUGUCAGCGACCCCGCCAAAGUAACCGCCCUGCUGAAGGGCCAGGCCAAGGAAACUGAUGCCACGGUGGAGGGCGGCCGAAGAGACACAACGCCCCUGAUUGCCAACAACGGAAACCAACUAGAUAAGAAUAAGUUCCUGGAUGAGAAUGGCGCCAAGGGGGGUACACAGGGAAACGGCGCCGCCUCGAAUUAA